UGCUGCUCCCUACCGACUGAUGUCGUUCUCUCAUCGCAGGUGUCAACGGAGCGAGCGUCUCUGCUGCAGCUGCGAGCGAGCAAACCUCUCUGUCCCGGCGAAAAUAUAUCAGUCCUACGGAGCAGGCGGGCAGGACUGAUCUGACGGCCUGAAAAUGUCCGAAUGAGACCGUGAGCCCGUGUCUGUUGCCAGGGCAGGUUUUAGCGGAGAAGAGGGCGGCUUUCCGGGCUGUAGACAGCGGGCUCGCGGAGCGUCUUCAGCGGGGAACGCUGCGGUCCCGCCGCCGCCGCCGCUACAAUGUUCGUGCAGGAGGAGAAGAUCUUUGCAGGCAAAGUCCUGAAGGUCCACAUCUGUACCAUGGAGGGCACCGAGUGGCUGGAGGAAGUCACGGAAGACACCACUAUAGAGAAACUCAAGGAGAAAUGCUUAAAACAUUAUGUCCACGGAAGUCUAGAGGAUCCUAAAACUCUUACACAUCACAAACUCAUUCACGCUGCCACUGAGAGAAUUCUCACAGAAUCCAAAACAGUUGCUGAGGAAAAUCUCAAAGAUAAAGACUGCUUAUUAUUGAUAAAGAAAAGACCUCCACCGGCUCCGCCAAAAAUGGCUGACAUAUCUUCUGAAGAGAAGAAGAAGCAAGAGAACAAGGCACCGGAUAAGGAGGCCAUCCUCAAAGCCACGGCAAACCUGUCCACUCGUAACACUGACCGCACUGUAACUCAACACAAUAUCAGAGAUUUUCAAACAGAGCUGAGGAAGAUUCUGGUCUCACUUAUUGAGGUGGCUCAGAAGCUGCUGGCUCUGAAUCCAGAUGCUGUUGAACUCUUUAAAAAGGCCAAUGCCAUGCUGGACGAGGACGAGGAGGACCGCGUGGACGAAACGGCCCUGCAGCAGCUGACUGAGAUGGGUUUCCCCGAGAGUCGUGCUGUGAAGGCUCUGCGCUUAAACCACAUGUCUGUGACCCAGGCUAUGGAAUGGCUGAUUGAACACGUGGAUGACCCCAUGGUUGACACUCCUCUGCCUGGACAGGACACCCCAGGGGCGGCCGCCGCUGCAGCUCCUGCCCCUGCCCCAACACCCUCUGCCACAGCUUUAGGAGCCCGGGCCCGGCUGUCCUCCCAGGCCAGCCUAGAGGAGGCCAAGCAAGACGAACUGACAGAGAUCUUCAAACGGAUCAGGAGGAAAAGAGAGUUCAGGCCUGACUCACGGGCAGUCAUUGCGCUGAUGGAGAUGGGCUUUGAUGAGAAGGAGGUGAUUGAUGCCCUGCGCGUCAAUAACAAUCAACAGGAUGCUGCUUGUGAAUGGCUGCUUGGUGACAGAAAGCCCACCCCUGAGGAUCUGGACAAGGGCAUUGAUACCAACAGUCCCCUGUUUCAGGCCAUCCUGGAGAACCCCGUUGUACAGCUUGGUCUCACAAACCCCAAGACUCUUCUAGCAUUCGAGGACAUGCUGGAGAACCCUCUGAACAGCACGCAGUGGAUGAACGAUCCUGAGACAGGUCCCGUCAUGCUCCAGAUCUCCAGAAUCUUCCAGACACUCAAUCGCACGUAAAGCACACCUCAUCUGUGGAGCAGCUGGAACCACAGCAUAGGGGGAAAAGGUCAAUCAUUUAGAUGACAGAGCGUGUGUGUGUGUGUGUGUGUAUAGUUUGUGUGUGUGUGUAUGUGACAUAACUAUUGUUUUAAGUGGAGAAGUCACAGAAGAUGAAUGUAAAAAUACGAUUAUGACAUUUUCACAUAUACAGAGGAUAAUAUCUAUUUAUAACUACACAACACUUGUACAAAUACAAUGUAAGCGGUAACUUAAUGAUAAAUAGCUAACUCCAUUAUUUAGUUUUUUAUGUUUUAAUAAGAUCUGUUUUUAAUUAUAUUAAGCACAUUACUUUAUUUUAUAUAAUUUCUCUAUAUAAUUGUACGAUUGGAAUAAAAAAAAAAAAGGAUAGGAAAAAAAAUCGCCAGAAAGCAAUUUUCUAUGUUUUUUGUGCUCAAAGAUCAAAUUUCAAACCAAAUUAUUCAACACUUCACAUGGUACACUUGUCAUAACUGAAUGUUUCUACAGGGAGAUAAAUAAUGUGCAUUUUAUUUUUUUUCACCGGUUCAAUGAAAAUGAAAUCCUUCAUGUAUUAGAUCGUAAGGUCCUUCCAAAAACAUCAAAUGAUGGUACGUUUUGAGGGAAAGCAAAGCAAGCACCAGCAGUUUUCGGCGACACCUCAUUCGAAAAUUAUUCAAGCAUUAUGGUUUCAUUAACAUGAUGUUGUGGUAAGGCAAUAGCAAUUGGCAGCCCCUUGCGGACAAAGAUACAUGAAAGAUAGGGAAAUCAAACCCGAUUCCUCGUAUCUCUUUCACUCUUCUGUUCCAUAAAAAGACUAUUCAGCUGAACCCAUCUGUCCAAAUGGACACAAGUCAGCUUUGAUUCUGUCGGUUUAGAAAAAGCUGAUGUAAAUGAGUACUGGAUCAUUAUUCAUUAUCUUAGUUUUGUCUCCCAGUAGCUCCUGCAUCAGGGGUUUCUAAGUAUUACAGUACCUUUAUCCACCAUCAUGAUCAAGCUGCUGCCUCUGAUCUCCCUCUCAUCUCGGCACGUUUAAUGUGAGUCUUACUUUCCAUCAGGAGGCUGGACAGACUUUAGUUUGCACUUAACUAAAACAAAACGACUCUUAUUUUGUGGAUUGGUUGUACUACACAGUAUGUUUGUGUUCAGCGACAAGGAUGUGCUCUCAGUGUCAUGUCACUUUUUACAGUGCACUUUCUAGUUUGCAAAGGCUGCAUUUAUAGUACACAACAUUAUUUUAAAGGGUGUAGGAGAUGUUCGCUUUGAAACUCCCUGUCUGGGAUCAUGUUGAGGCAUUGUUUGGUGUGGAGAUCUUUCAUUUGUAUGCUCCGCUUCAAAUACCUGCUCUGGGAUUUCUAAAAGAAAUGAAGACCCGAGAUGAAAAAUGUUAUUUAAAUGUCUCUAUUAUGAUUUUUUUUUUUUUUUUUAACAUUUUGAUUUGCAUCAGAUAAAUAUAUUACAAAAAUGCGGUCAUUUUAAAUUUAGAAGUAAUUGUGUGAAUUAGAGGAUUCGAUAUUUUUUUUUUUUUUUUUUUUUUUUUUUUUUCUUUUGGCCAAGUGUGGAGUGUUUCCAUUUAAUAUUUGAAUCGUGUUGGUGUGAAGUGUGUGCUCAGGGGUUUCUUAGCCAUACCGGGCAAAUAUCUGCUAUAGUAAUGCCUACUUUAUCAAUACAAAUAACAGUAGUGUAGUGAUUGCAUUAUCAGAGAACUCUAUGAAUAUAUCUGAAAACUUACUCUUUAAAUGAAGACUUACUAUCCUUGUGUGAUAUUUAUUUUGAGGCCAAAUAUAACCAAUCAUGAAACCAUCCCUAGAGAUAUCGUCAUUAUAAUACAGUUUUAGAAGACCUCAUCAAUUGCAGUGUUCACUUCGUUGUCUGAGUGGCUUCAAAAGUAGGUGAAGAUUAUGUUGAACACGUUUAGCAUUUGAAAUCAGAUCAUCUCCAUUGUCUUGAGAACUAGUUUGGUCUUAAGAAAUUGUAGCUUAUGUUGUUUUGGGGGACUAGAGAGUACAGGCUUCUAUGCAAUUCAGUUUUUUUGGUUGACUCGACUGAAAAACUACAGGUUUCAGUAUCAUAAUGCAUUUAAUCGACGCGUACUUUUAUAUCGUAUCGUUUGAUUUGAAUCAAAUUUUUGGUUUCAUCAUGGCUAAGCUCUGUAGAGUAGAAAGUGCUGUAUGAUUUCAGUAUUUCAAAAUGUUUGACGUUUAUUCAUUUACGGUUUAGAGAUGCUCGUAUGGUUAUACGGUGUCUUUUUGGAAUCUGGAUUUUCAUUUUCCUAAUGCCAGUGUGCAGUCUUUGAUCUCAGUCAUUUUUCUCCCUCAUUUUUAAAAGGCUAUCAGGUCGCAGAGGUUAUGAUGAAAUAUCUUGAAGGUUUGGUGCUCUUGUGUUCUCAUUUUAAUUUUGUGUCUUUGCUCCAUGUACAAGUUCAGUUUCACAUAAGGCUCCUACAGUCUGAGAGUUGAAAUGUAACUUUCUCAAUCCACAUGUUGAAAAGCCUUUCAUGACAAAUAAUAAAAAAAAUGUUUUGAAA